AGAACAAUACUCGAAUUAAUUUGGAAAUCAAAGAGUCUCUCACAGGGUGGUCCUUUGAAAGAUCACACUACUGUUUUGGACUCGAGCUUCUUCUUCUUCAACAAUGCCUCUCUCUCUCCGACUCGCUCCAUCUCCGACAUCUUUCCGUUACUCUCCGACUUCAUCUACCUCCGUCGGAGGAUUUCCCCUCGUGAAGCAGCACUGCCAGAUCCCUAAUUCCGGCGUCGUGACGAAAAUCGGAUUCUGUUCUGGUGGUGGUGGUGGUGUUUUAGAUUCCGGGAAGAGAAGUGGUUCGUAUGUGGUGAGGUGUAGCUUAGAAACAGUGAAUGUCAGUGUCGGCCAGGUGACGGAGGUUGAUAAGGACACUUUCUGGCCAAUUGUUAAAGCCGCCGGUGAUAAGAUUGUUGUCCUCGACAUGUACACUCAGUGGUGUGGUCCUUGCAAAGUGAUUGCUCCCAAAUACAAAGAGCUAUCGGAGAAGUACCAGGACAUGGUGUUUCUUAAGCUUGACUGCAACCAAGAAAACAAGCCAUUGGCAAAGGAGCUCGGAAUCAGAGUGGUUCCAACCUUUAAGAUAUUGAAGGACAACAAGGUAGUAAAGGAAGUGACCGGGGCAAAAUAUGAAGACUUACUUGCAGCCAUUGAAGCAGCAAGGUCAGGCUGAGUCUCUCUCUCUCUAUAUCACUCAUUAUGUAAAGUAUUAGGAUCAUACUCCAUCCAUGUAAUUGGUUUGGUUCUAUGUAUGUAACUCUUUCUGUUCCCUUAACCGGAAUUUGUGGUUAACUAUGUAUGUAUAAAUGGUGGAAAGGUAU